CCUCUUGGGGCCCAAACCUCUCUCGCGUCACCGUGGUGGCUCCAGCCGUCUGUUGGUUAUGGUGGACUUGAGCUGGUUCAGGAGGAGACAGCAGGCCGGCCUGAGACCCUAUGACAAGCCGGCGAGGGAGCGGCACAUCGUAUCCGUCGUCUGUAGCUGCCUGUGCGUGUUACUGCUGAUCCUCUCGCUUUCUCUGCAAGAGUGGGGCAAAGCCGAGACGAGCAACUGCAAGUUCACCUUCAAACUGACCCAAGUGGUGAUAGAAGACAAGGCCUUUAACCACGACUACAGCUUUAGCAGUAAGUCUAUGAAAUAUGCUUCAAAACAAGCCACUCUUCCAUUACCCGCAGUGACGGAGUACUACUCCAACAGUCAGCAGAUCCUCAUAUCAUGUGUCAUCAGUGUCUCAGCUCUGGCUAUCAUCUCUUCUCUAAUAUCUGCCACCAUCAGCGCCGGAUACCCAAGGGAAAGACUUGAAUUCCUCCGACAUUACUCCGUCUUCAACAUCAUCUCAUUACUGUGUAUAGUGCUGGUGGCUGGGCUGUGGCUGGGAGUGGCGCAGUUCCUACCAACCGACAAGCAGAUCAUGACAUGUGGGCGUGCCAAAGACUGGGAUCGAGAGCCAGUUCUCGUAUGCCUACUACCUGUUCCUGGUGGGAGGACUGUUCUCUCUCGGGGCAGCCGCAUUCAACCUCCUCUUUGCACGGACAGCUGCCGAGAGAAGACGCUCAGUGAGAUCAAGAUUCAGGAGGCAGCAGUCCCAGAGAAACAGACUGGACAGACCAGUUCAGCAGCAGCUGCUGGCCAACCCUCCGGCCUACAGUCUGGUUGACUCCACUGACUUCAGUGAGACGGAGACUGAGACCUCACUUAGCGAGGCUGAGCCAAACACAUCUGAACCCAACACCCCUCCCCCUCCCUACUCCCCCUAGCAAUCAUCUUCUCUCUCUCUCUCUUUCAAUAAUAGACCCCUGCCAUUUUCAUGUUACGUUCAUGUGUGCUCCGUAUAUAUAUGUAAACGACACUAGCUUUGAUCAGAUGCGCAUGCGCACAAAAGCGAAAUGGCAAACGCCGGCUUGAAGCUGACUCGGUCGCCGCUUGUUAGUCAGUGGAGCUGCAGGAAUUACGCCACGAGACCUAAAUUCUACAAAGAGAAGCCAAAGUACUACAAGGACGUGGCGCAGACAUACGCCAAGUUUCGUGGAGAAGUGAGCGAGCUCCGGAGAGGAUUCCGGGACCAGUGGACGGAGGAGCAGAGGAUGACGCAGACACAGUUCAGUGCUAAGGCCGCGGAGGAGGCCAGGCAAAAGGAGCUGGAGGAGACGCGGGCGUUCGAAGCCGCUGUACACGAGUUGGAAAGGAUGGCGAAGGAACGGGAAACUGCAGAACAGCGGGAGGAAGAGAGACUGUUGGAGAAGAGGGAAAAGGGUGUUGCCUCUAGACAGCAGAGAGAAGAAGAGAUACUUGACUGGGUGUCCAGGAAAACUGAGCUCAUAGAGACUUCAAGAAGCAGCUGCAUUACUGCUGAAAAUAUGGACGAGAAGAUUAGGGAAGCUCUUGAAAAUGAAGUUUUGGACGACUUUAUCCUGUCACCUUCCACCGGGGAAAAGAAAAUCAUCACUUACAAAAACAUCCAGUAGAUCAAAAUCUCAUCAUUCAGUGUCUAUAACAACACAAAUAGUCAAUCAGUGAAUAUGAGGGUGGGACUGUUUCAGUGAUCAAGGUCAAAAUUGGCCAAAAU